CCGCAAACGCGUCCUAUCGGUUAGCGCAUCGAACCUGAGAAUACGCUUACUAGUAUAACUGUCUACAUGCAAAGGGACACAAUGUUUGCCAGACGACACAGUUGCCAGACAGCUCUCAGAGCAGGGCGUUCAUUCCUGCCUCAGUAUCAUCCCAUGACCCAGCCGGUUCUGCCAGCGUCAUUGCGGACAAUGCAAACUGUGAUCAACCUCCAAUCAAAAGAAAAUAAAGAACAGGCCAUCGAUUUCGAACGCCAAAUACUGAACCCCGAGCGAGCAGAAAACUGUAAAACAGGCACCGACGAUGAAGUGGGCCACCACAAAUGCUCCUAUGACCCGUCCACAACCACGCCGGAAAGUGAAUACUUGGCCGAUGAGGCGGAGUCCCUACUCGAAGGCAAAGGUCACCAUCCGCUCUUCGUUAGCCCGGCAAACGUAGAAGUCAGUCAUUAUAUCGAUCCCAUGUCGGAAGGGGCGGUACAAGGUGCUGCCAGGCUGGGUCCUAGUGCGCAGGGCUGGACUCGAAAACACAGGGAGGUGCAUAUUAAAGAUGUUCCCGGGAGUCAAUAUGAGCGUUACGAGAAGCUUUUGCAGGAACUGAGGAAGCCAAAGCAAAGUGAGUCCCGCUAAUCGAGGUCGUUACUUUGGACUAUCCGCUGGCGCGUCCGGCCGCGAUGGAUUGACGAACAAACAACAGCUGGAGUUGUAUCCUACUUAGCACAAAGAAUCCCGUAUGCGGAAAUUGGGAGUCGGGUCUGGGAUUAUCAUCUUUCAUGAAUCUGGAGAAAUACCGGAUGGGAAUGCUACUAGACUUGCUCUGCGAGCCUCAACAUACCAGAUAUGGCCGUAUUCACUUUGUAUAACUUGAGAAGAUGUGCCUCAUAUUUGAGGAAUGUUCUACCUUUCGCUGACGCCACUGCCUGAACG